GCAGGGCAUGCACAUGGCGCUCCGCGAGUGCCUGCUGACGCAUCUGUCGGGCCGCGAUCCCGAGGCCAACCUCAGAGUGUCACCGGCUGCCGUCGAAGAGCUCUGCGCUUGGACCAACAUGUCCGCAAUGAGCAGCCUGCGCACAGACGCCGACGUCGACAAGGUGGUGCCGUACAGGGCUGGAUCCACAUUCUACUGCGCCCUGUCCAAGCUGAAGAUCACGCCGCGUGAAUACAUCAGGUCAUACGAGGAUUGCCACAAGGACUACAAGAGCCUCAUUGGUCCCGAGCACGAAGACUGAUGAGAGUG